CCGGCCCGUGACGUCACCUGCCCGGCGCUGCGGGCGCUCGCUGCUCGCAGCUGUCCGCUCGAGCCCUGCCGACAGUCAGCGACCCGGGCGCGGAGCGGGGGGGAGUUACGUUGCGCUGCUGCGCUGGCUGCUGCGGCGGGCGGCUGUGAACGUGGCAGAGAGGUGUGAUUUACUGAUCAGCCAGACACCGUGCAACGUUUUGUCGCUGCCUGGCGUCGUGACCUCUAGUGCCGUCGGUACAGGACGUGGUAGUGACUUCUCGUGUGUCCUCUUCCGUGAGUGAUUCAGUGAGGCUGUGGCGUUAGUUCUGGUUGAAUCCGGUGAGGUUACGUGCGGGGGAAUCGCUGCGGCUUUGAGUGUCUAUGGUGGAGUGAUGUAGGCGUGGCGUCAGUGGCCCGAGGAGUGACGCCACGUCAGCAAACGGAGUGACGUUACGUCAGAAGGCAUUGUGUGUGGCACGUCAAACGGAAAGAGUGGCAUUGGGGGCUGCAACUGUGCAGAGUGAGGGGAGCUGAGGGACAUCGGGAACCGCUGAGAUCGGUCCGAUCUGGUGGCGACCCGCACAACUGAUUUGUAAAUCGGUGAAAGUUUUCCUCGCUGGAAUCGGAUAAACGGCUGAAACGCGAACUGUGAAACCGGUGAGCGAAGGUUGAAGAGACGUUUCCACUAGCACCAGACUGGCAGGGAUCUGAGCAGAGGCUCGUUCACAAUAAGCUGGUAACAAAUCCAAACUAAACCAGCCCGUGGAAGUUUGGUAAUUACCCGAUAAGCGGAGAUCGUAGUGACUAUCUUGUGAAGCUCUCAGCUGUCUUCCCCAGCAGUGGUAGUCAGUGACCUUGACCUCCGCUCGCUGACCUGUCAGUGACCCCCAGCCCCCUCCCCGCCGCUCGCGCUGUACCCCGUCAACCAUGCCGGCGGCUCUGGACCCUGCCAGCGGCGCGCCCAUGCCUGGGUCCGUGCUGCGACCUGACCCGGAGGAGAGUGACCGUCCGGACCGCCAGCUGCUGCACUCGCCGGGCCCGGAGCCGGAGCCGGAGACCUGGGAGCCGGCCGGACUCCCCGGAGACGUCAAACACGUGCCCUUCGGCGGCUUGACACUGGCCUCGGCCGUCAACGGGGUCACGUAUCAACACACGCUGGGCGCGCUGGAUAACAGGGUACGGAAUCGGAUGAGCACCCGAAAACUACGAAAGCGGGUGGUGUUCAAGAACGGCGACCUGAACGUGGUGCAGGGCCACCUGUCGAAGCGGCGGCGGCGCUACCUGGCCGACAUCGUCACCACGCUGGUGGACAUCAAGUGGCGGUGGACGCUGCUCGUCUUCAGCCUCAGCUUCCUCCUCAGCUGGCUGCUCUUCGCUGUGCUCUGGUGGCUUAUCAUGGUGGCGCACGGCGACUUUGAGCCCCAGAACAGGGCCAACCCCGACUUCACGCCCUGCGUCAACUCCGUCGAGGAUUUCACCGGUAGCUUCCUGUACAGCAUUGAGACACAGCACACGAUCGGCUACGGCACGCGCGCCAUCACCGAACAGUGCCCGGAGGCGAUUACGUUACUCUGUGUCCAGAGCAUCGUCGGUCUCAUGAUCCAGGCGUUGAUGGUGAGCGUAGUGUUCGCUAAGCUGGCCCGACCCAAGAAGUGCGCGCAGACGCUGCUGUUCUCGCGUAACGCGGUGAUCUGCCAGCGCGACGGCAGGCUCUGCCUCAUGUUCAGGGUGGGCAACAUGAGGACGUCUUCGCUGAUCGGAGCCUCGGCGCGCGGUCAGAUUAUCCGGAAACGGGUGACACGUGAGGGCGAGACACUGCAGUUCGACAUGGUGGAGCUCAACCUGGGCCCUGAUGACGGCCAGGACAGCAUCUUCUUCAUCUGGCCGCUGAACGUGGUGCACACGAUAGACGAGCGGUCCCCGUUCUACCACAUGUCGGCCGAGGACCUCCUCCACAAGGAGCGCUUCGAGAUCGUCGUCAUCCUCGAGGGCACCACCGAGUCGACAGCGAUGACCACACAGGCACGGAGCAGCUUCAUCCCCAGCGAGAUCCUCUGGGGCCAUAGGUUCGAGCCUAUCAUUGACUUCAAGCGUGACACGGGCAAGUACGAGGUGGACUACAGCCGAUUCAAUAGCACGUAUCAGGUGGAUACGCCGCUGUGCAGUGCUGCUGAGCUCGACCAGUUCAGGAAGAUUCAGGCCGAGACCGCAAACGGCGCCGGUGACGCGGCCGUGGAGAGCCGCGCCAACACGGCCAACGCUGGCUUCAAUAACUUCGACCUGCUGCGGCUGGGAGCGGUGCAGGAGCCAUCGGCCGCGCCGGGGGACGACGUGGAGGCAGCGCAGAGGACCUGACAGUGACAGGCGGGACGCAGGUCGAACUGAGGGACCAGGACUGGACCAGGGACACAAGAAGUGUGGGGUGGGACAUGUUGGACGGUAAACAAACGACGAGAAUUAUCCGCCGAUUGUAGACAGGAUUUGGAUGGAAACAUGGAUAAAAACAUGGGACCAAGGGAUAGGACCGACUGACAGACAGACAAACAGACAAGAAUGAAUACAUAUCACAGGAUCGGACAGAGAUAACCGAUUGUCGUCAUACAUGAAGAUGGCAUUACGAUUAGCGAGGUACUGAAGCUCGACAGACUGGAGGUGACUAAACGUGUACCAAGACGGUCGCUCAAGCGGAGGAGCGUCUUAGGUCGCCCGUGUGUUGUAUUAAGGACAGGUACAAGAGCGAGACAACGACGGGAGAACGAGAGCAAUUAAUGGAGGUUAUGAAGCGCGUUUUACUUGAGAUUAGUUAGUAAUGUUUUUGAAGUGCUCCUGACAGGCCUGCCUUAACGGAAAUGAUGUGUGCGAAGGUGCUUGUUUUAUCUGAUGAAAUUCGACUGAUGUUAGCGCAUUGCAUGACUAACGGAAGCAUUUUGUAGGUUAGAGCAGCGAGCACAGCGUGGCUAAAUUUAUAAGCCCGGCAGUAUUCCACCGAUUAAUGUAGUGCAUGGUGUUUAGAAACAUUGCCUGCAUGUAUUUCGCAUCAGCGGUAUAUCUCUCGGGUGUUCUAGCCCGAAAUCUUACGGAUAUGUCAGACAUUUUGACGGUUUAUUUGGUUUGGGCAUGAGCGGGAGCGCCUAGCUUAGAAGAACCGCUUGUGUUACGUAAUAAAAAGCAGUGGACAGCGUCUCGCGUCAGGGAGAUACACAAGAAACCUUGAUUGUUUGAUUAUUUUAAUGCGACUUGAGAUAAUAUACAACGGUCUUUUCAAAGAACUGUCCCAAGUCCCUGAAUAUUCGGGAAGUUUGAGUUGCUAGGGACGGAUUGUAAAGCGAUAUCAAAUGACAAACUGUGUGCCUUCCAUUGCCUACAAUAUGUCGCAUUAGGUAGUGUAAUUGUAAUUCAAGUGCUGUAACCCGAUCGCCAAAUAAAUGGGAAGGAUUUUU